UCUGAGCAUUGCGUACACUGACAGCACAGUCUUUAGAAACUUGUUUCUAUUUGACGGAAGUGAACUUCACACCCUCACCAUCAUGCAAAGAACGAAAUCUUCACUGGACCAGGUGAUCUCUGAAAGUACACUGAUCCGAGAAGGAAAUCCAUCUGUUUACGUACUGCAAACAAAAAAAGAAAAAUCUUCUACAAUGACCAGAGUGACUGUUGGUACUAAAGAUGAACGCAAGAGAAAUAAAACUAUCUUACUGGUCGGGGAAACAGGAGCAGGAAAAUCCACUUGGAUCAAUGCAUUGGUGAACUUCACCAUUGGGGUGAAGUUUCAGGAUAAAGUCUGUUUCCAGAUUGUGGAGAAGACGGACCAGGAAACCUCUGAAGUGACUGUGUACGAAGUAUUUGGCUUUGAAGGUAGAGUGAUCCCCUUCUCUCUGACCAUCAUCGAUACUCCAGGAUUUGGAGGCAUCGGAGGGAUAGAAUAUGAUGACAGCAUCACUAGGAGUUUAUUGCACUUGUUUCGGUCAGGAGGCAUUGAAGAACUACAUGCAGUGGGUCUGGUGAUGAAGGCAAGCGAUAAUCGACUGAAUGACAGAAUGAUGUACAUCUUGAAUUCAGUCAUGUCUUUAUUUGGGAAAAACAUAGAAAACAACAUCAUAACUCUGAUCACCCACUCAAAGGGAAGAACACCAAAGAAUGUCCUUCAAACUCUUGAAGCUUCCACCAUUAAAUGUGCCAAAAAUGAGAAGAACAAGCCAGUCUACUUCCUGUUUAAUAACUGCCAGAGCGAAGACCGUACAGAAGAAGAAGAAUACCUGGAAGGAGCCUAUAAGGUAACAGAGAAAGGACUGAAAGAGUUCACUGCUUUUCUGGAAAAAUCUCAGCCUCAAAAACUGAAGACAACUGUUGAUGUUAUCAAUGAACGCAUUAAACUGACAGCCUGCAUCCAAAACCUGCAGCAAAGAUUCAUUGAAGCUGAACAAAAGCAGAACCAGAUCAGACAAAUCCAACAUAACCUGAUGAAAGAUAAAGAAGAGAUGGAAAAGAAUGAACAUUUUUCUUUUGAAGUAGAAGAGUCCUACAAAGUCAGAGAAUAUAUCAAAAAUGAAAAGUGGAUUAAAGAUUUCCUUCAUGAUGCAGCUAUGUGUUGCAAACGCUGUCAGGAAAACUGUCACUAUCCUGGAUGCAAUUGGGCUCCGAAACCUGCCUUCUGUGAAGUCAUCAAAGACGGUCACUGCAUCGUCUGCACUGGGAAGUGUCCCACAUCUGAUCACGUGAAAGAGAACUGGAGAUAUGUGACCAAGACAAGAAAAGUUCAAACUACUGCGAAAGAAAUGAAGCAAAACUAUGAAAAGAGUAAAACCGAAAAAGAGAACAACUCUAGUUAUUUAGAAAGUCUGGACACUGAAAUGAAAAAUCUGACAGCAGAGAAGGCUCAGCUGCUGGAAGAGUCCUACAAACACAUCACUAAGCUGGAAAAGAUUGCCCUCAAAGUUGAUUCAGCAGCUACCCUGGUCCACCUGGAUUUCCUGAUUGAGAAGAUGAGAGAAAUUGGAAUGAAAGAUAAAGCAGAGAAGCUGGAGAAAUUAAAAACGAAUGUUGACGAAGGAAGCCAAGCAGCCGUACUAUACCAGCAUGAG